UCGUUAUAAAGAUCCCUACAUUUCCUCCCACACUCUUUACUCCUUCCUCACGACCUUCUCCGUUCCCCCGGCCGAAGGCAAACAGACACCCUGACGAUCGAUUUGUAAAGAUUUUUGAUCGAGCACAAUUUUUUGAUUGAUAUAAUCGGAUUGUCGCCUCGCCAUCAAUCGGCCAUCUUCUUGGUUGAUACGAAGCCGAAGGUGCAUGCCAUGGAAACGAGGUUUCUUGAUUACGCGCUCGUCCCUGUUGGGUUGAUAACAAUGAUUGCUUAUCACUUGUGGCUCCUCCAUCGGAUCGUGCGGCACCCGAACAAGACCGUUAUCGGUGUGAAUGCCAUCAGCCGCCGUCUCUGGGUUCAAGCCAUGAUGGAGGAUGUGUCCAAGAAUGGUAUCCUAGCUGUCCAGACACUGCGGAACAACAUAAUGGCGUCGACCGUCCUCGCCUCCACUGCGAUCACUCUGUGCUCACUCAUCGCGCUCCUGAUGACGAGCGGGAAUGAGAACAACUCGUCUUUCUUGGUGGUACUCGGGGACCGAAGCACAUUCUGGUUCUCCAUCAAGUUCUUCUCGAUCCUCGUCUGCUUCCUAGUAGCUUUUCUCUUCAACGUGCAGUCCAUAAGGUACUACAGCCACGCGAGUAUUUUGAUAAACGUGCCGUACAAGAAGAUCUCGCCAGACCACCGGCACCAGGAGGCCAGGGCCGAGUACGUAGCCACCACCGUGAACAGGGGAAGCUACUUCUGGUCGCUUGGCCUGAGGGCAUUCUACUUCUCCUUCCCCCUCUUCCUCUGGAUGUUCGGGCCAAUCCCAAUGUUCCUGAGCUGCUUCGUGCUCGUCUUCUUGCUCUACUUCCUAGACGUCACCUUCGAUUUCGGGCAGGUCGUCAGGAUCGUGUGCGCUGAUGUAGUAGCUGACAGGAGCAAAGACGAGGAAGCGGGAAAUCCAAUGAUCCCGAACAUAAGGGACCAUUGAUGAUAGUAUGUGUUUUGCUGCAGGUUUACAUUCAAUCCAAGUUGAAUUGAACUGCAUGCAAUGCAAAUUAAUCUAUUGAUGAACCGAUAUAGUCAGCGGGUCCUCGCUUUCAUCCUCCAUGGACAUAUAUGACACCAUUCUCCUUGGAAACGCAAGGAUUUUCUCUGUACUCACCAUAUAGCGCAAUGAUAAUAAUUAACAUGACACGAGAAGUCUCAGU